UAGAAAGAGAAUUUGUGAAAAGAAAGAGGGAAAGAUCAAAAGACUUGAGAAAGAUUCUCGCCGGUUGCCAUUGCCGGUACCUUCUCGAAACUCCGACGCAAACCAUGGCUCUCAAUUCCCUCUCCUUCUUCUGGAAUGCAACUCCAAAAUUGACCCCACCUACAACUCUUAAUGAUGUUCAUUCGCCAUUAAUCUACUAUCGCAAUCACAACGAUAAAUUCAGGCUCUGCGACUGCUCUAGAUCUAGGGUUUCCAGUUCAGUGCAAUGGAUUGUUAAAUCAGGAAGUUGUAGGGGAGGGCAUUCGGUUAGAUGUGUUAAUGUGAUACAAGGCGUUCAUUGUGAUGUUGAUGAUGAAGUUUACAUGAGGAGGUCUUUGGAGAUUGCAAGGAAGGCAAUUGGGCAUACAAGUCCUAAUCCCAUGGUGGGAUGUGUGAUUGUGAAAAAUGGGGAAAUUGUUGGUGAAGGCUUUCAUCCUAAAGCAGGGCAGCCUCAUGCUGAGGUAUUUGCUCUGAGGGAAGCUGGGAGUUUGGCAGAGAAUGCAACGGCAUAUGUGACUUUAGAACCAUGCAAUCACUAUGGUAGAACUCCACCGUGUACAGAGGCUCUAAUAAAAGCCAAAGUGAAGAGGGUGGUGGUCGGCAUGGUGGAUCCCAAUCCAAUUGUUGCUUCCAAGGGCGUGCAACGACUAAGAGAUGCAGGAAUUGAUGUGACUGUCAGCAUAGAAGAAGAUUCCUGCAAAAAGCUUAAUGAAGCAUAUAUUCACCAAAUCUUGACUGGGAAGCCUCUUCUCACCCUAAGGUACACCCUCUCUUUAAACGGUUGCUUCCUAGAUCAGGUUGGGAAAGGAGCUGCAGAAGCUGGUGGCUACUAUUCUCAACUAUUACAAGAGUACAAUGCUGUUAUAAUUUCUCCUCCCUCAUCAUCUGAGGAGUUCGAAAUUCCUUCCUCCAAUGAACAUGGAGCCAAGCAACCCCUUUGGAUCAUUCUAUCAAGUCCCGAUGGUUUGAUAACUGUUCCUCGCAUUACUGACCCAACUACGAAAGUAGUAAUCUUCACAAACAAAGAAGUAGUAGUGAGCGAGAGAGAGAUUGAAACGGUAGUUCUGGACCAAUUAAAUAUGAACAACAUUUUAAAUUACUGCCAGAGCCAAGGACUAAACAGUGUAAUGUGGGAUGUGAGAGCAAAGUUGGGAGUUCAUGAAGAACUAAUAAAAGAGGGAAUUGAGGAGAAAUUGUUGCAAAAAGUAGUAGUGGAAGUGUUGCCACAAUGGAGUGAGAGCCAGAGUGAAACUUGGUUCAAGAGUAUGGCUGAAAAUUUGAAGUUGAAGUGUUUGGAGCCCAGGAUGUGUGGACCUAGUGUUGUAUUGGAAGCCAAUCUCUAGCUUUGGAAAUUACAAAUUUUCAAUUAACACAAAUCAAGGUAAUACCUUACCAUUCUUUUUUUUUUUUCUUCUUCUUAAAUAUAAUUCACUGAUUAUGAGCUAACUAAAUAUGAUGGUUAAGGCAUUGCUUCUCUCUUAAAUCUCUUACUUCUUCUAUAUUUGUGUUGUAAUAUUAUGAUGAAUAAGUGUAAAACUAGUGGGGGAGACACUUAAUUUUUCUAAUUUUUUGUUGUUUGAAAUCCAAUAAUCAUCUUAGGUUUUUACUUCA